AUGCACCAGUGUAAAUCGUCAGUUCCGAGUCCAGACCCCACGCGAAGGCCGUUCAAGCUACAAAAGAAGGUGCGCGUGGUCAAGGUCGCGCAUGCGGUGAGCCAGAAGCCGCUCCAGCAGCUGCGGAAAGGCCGCGCUGGUGGCCACAGAGUUGACAAAAGAGUGGGCGCGGACAUGACCACGCUGGAGAUGAAUAAGGAGCGGCUCAACGUGCAACAAAGAAGUGGAGAUUGCGUGAAGAGUAGAGCUGGUGGCCAAGGCGACGCUGAAGCACCUGAACGUGGUGCUGUGGUCAUGGCCACACUGGUGAUCUAG